UCCUCUCCUCAAACUUUGGAGACUUUUUGCGCCUCAGCGGAGACGCGUUUGGGAUCUAGCUGGUUUGGACUCUUUGUGAAUUCCUUCAUUAAGAAAAAGAAAACUCCAUUUUUCCUGAGAGUUUGCAGAGAGACAGGAUGAUCCUGCAGCCGCCGCUGCAGUGAGAACAUGGGGUUCUUGCCUCGUCGGGGAGGUGGAAGGUGGAGGCUGCGGCACGUCGUCCUGUUUGUUUUGCUGUGGAUGUUUCUGCACCGGACYGUUCUGGGCUGCGGCUCCAUAAACUGUCACGUGGUGCUGACUGAGGCCCAGGGCGAGUUCACGUCACCCUGCUACCCCCAGAAAUACCCCAACUCUCAGACCUGUAAGUGGACCGUGCGAGCGCCGACCGGCUUCAUCAUCCAACUCUCCUUCUUGGACUUUGAAUUGGAAGAGGCGGAGGACUGCAUGUAUGACCGGGUCGUGGUGAACACCGGUAGCACUGAAUCAAAGUUUUGUGGUCUGACGGCCCGUGGUUUGACACUAAACUCAACAAGGAACGUGAUGGAGGUUUCCUUCAUCUCUGACUUCAGCAUACAGAAGAAGGGCUUCACGGUUAGCUUCCAACACGUCGCCGUGGCUUUGAGGAACCAAAAGGUGAAAAUCCCAAACAGUAACGGACAAAUCGCAGAGGUCCUCAACUCCGUUUCCAUACCGGCGCUCGAUGAAUUGACCAUAUGCUUUGAGGUGGAAAAAACAGGCUCCAGUCAGAAAGAAUGGCUCUUCACCUACUACGACAUCAACAACAACGUGGCGUUAAGCUUUGGCUACAAUCAGACGGGCAUGGAAAUGGUUAUUGACGGAGUGGUCUGCCCAGUAGAGUCGAUCAUCUCCGUGACUGAGUUCAACUCUUCCAUGAAGUUCUUCUGUGUCCUCUGGAUGUCCUCCAACGGUCGUGUGGCCGUUUACUUCGAUAGGCGCUACUAUGGGAAGACCUGCUCGCCAUCUAGUGGCCGCUCUGUGCCAGCUGGAGGAGUCUUCAAAUUAGGAGGCUUAGGGGUGCAGAGCUUCAGAGGGAACAUGUACAACCUGCGCAUGUGGAACCGUGCCAUGACGGUGCAGGAGCUGAGCAGCUUGACCUGCGACAUGGUGGGGAACGUCAUCGACUGGGACAACAGCCAGUGGACCAUCUCGUCCUCUCUUUCUCAGACUGACAACACACUCAGCUGCAUCUGCUACCCUCAUUGCAUUCAUUUAACUGCUGCUGCGCCCACUAGUGGUUCCAACCCGGCUACAGGCUGCGACCCGGGCGGACUGGGCUGCUCAGCUGCUUCCUCUCCCACCACCUCAUCCACUGACUCCACUAACACCAGCCAUGCUACUAACGCCAUCUCCUACGCCUUCCCUCCUCCCAUCCCCUCCACCUCCACCCCUAGCAUGCCUCUAACCUCAGCCUUCAUCACCAGCUUUAGCAGCAGCAGCACUUCCAGCUCCUCCUCAUCCUCUGCUUCUGCCUCCAUCAACACCACCGCUACUUCGCCUCCAUCCACCACUGCUUCCACCAGCAGCACACAUGUGGAGAGGACUUCUGCAAAAUACCCCAAUUCUCCAAGACCCAAACAUAAAACUCUAGUUGGUGGAUUAACUCCUGGAAGAAACUUUGGACUUUUUCAAACAAUCAGAAGAACCCGGCGUGCGUUAUCGUCCAAGCCUCGUUCUCUAACGUCCAGUCAGUUCAGUCCUGCAGGUCAAGACUCCAGGCCUCCAAAGUCACAGCAUCAGCCCAGAGUUAUUGCUCCAGCCCCAGGUCCAGCUUCCCCAGUGGAUCCAUCACGCCCACAACCCCCCGCUGCCUUCCGGGGUCCGGCUUCCUAUCACAGCCCCAAACACUCCCUGGGGUUCAUCUCGACCCCCCUGAGGAAAAGGCCGAGAGGAGGAAGGCGACCAGCUGCCACCCGAGCAACCCCCAGCAGGGUGGAGGUUCGUGUGACAAAACCUUCCCCUCUAAAACCCGGACUGAAGUCGACAGCCAGGCCUUCCUCUAGGAACACAUCUCCCACGUUGGGAAAUCAGCCCAACAGUUUGAUUUCCACAGCAAAGUCUUCAUCUUCCACCCGUAACACCACAACAGUCAAGACCCCCACAACCAGUCGAGACUCUGAAACUCUUCUUGCACCCAUACCAUCACGGGCCUCGUCUCCACGGCAACAUAAAGGUGAGGUGUCAUCAUCGUCAGGGCUGAGUAAGAGAAAGAGCAAACCUGUAGCGCCCCCUUGGUUCCCUCUGAGCGUCAGCGGUGGGGAUUUCCUAACGAGGAACUGGACGGAUCCUCUGGAGUACUCUUCAGGAUCUGACAUGUUCAUGUAUGAUGUGGGUGACAUGUACGAGUACGAUGCCGUUUCCUCCCAGGAAGAACUUCCUGCCAGCUCUAUAACAAGAGUCACUCUGAAAGAAGGCGGUGCUAAAGAAAUCUCUCCAAAUAGCACGAGUCUGAUUGAACCAGAGUUUGAUGAACGACUCGCGGUUCAACCGUCGGUGUCUUUAACAGCAGCAGCCUCGCCCUCUGCUGGUGUUUCUCUGGAGGUUCCCCUGAAGCAACUUGUUGCUGUUUCUGUCUUACAGCAGAAACCCAACAGCACUCCUGAUUCCUCUCUUUCUGUGGAACAAACUGGGUAUCUUCAAAUAACUUCAUCUGACGAAAUUCAUCCCUCCCCUGUUUUUCUCUCCCUCUUCCUCGCCUCUCUUCAUCCUCCAUCUUCCCCACCGUCCCUUUUGGGUCCCACUGAGCCACCCUCUGUCUCCUCCAGCAGCUUCCCUCCUCUUCUCCACCUUCAUGCUUCUCCUUGGGUGUCAGGAACCUCCCAUCCUUCUGGUGUACCACUUCCGUCUCCAACCUCAACCCUCCAGAUGGGAUUUGACCCCAGAAAUCCAUCUGUGUUAUCACAUCCUCUCCUUUCCGAUUCCAUCUCUGAAUCCCAGAUCCUGUCUGGUGUUGGUUCACUCUUCCCUGAGUCCUCUCUGUCUUCUGAGGAAAGAUUAUCCAAUGUAUCAGAAAUUGACUCUAAAUCAGACCCAUUAAGUGUCUCAGAUGGAACUCCUUUGAACAAAUUCUUAAGUGGGAUUAAUCCUGUUUCUUCGGAGAAUUUGUCGGAGAUUUUGAGGCCAAUCACUCCGUCACUGCGUUCGUUCUCACUCCAGUCUGAUCUGAGAGAUUUAAAGGAUGUAAAUCUGUUUCCAGAUCAGUCUCAUCUCACCCCAGCUCGGCUUCCUGCUUCCUUGUCGUCUUCGCUUUCAGAUAUUUUCCCUCCUGUCUUAAGCAACAGCCUCAGGACGUCGUCUGAGACGCCUCCUCCUUCUGUAGGGACCUCAAAACAAAUCAUAGGGAAUCCUGCUCUUUUUCUGGCCCAAACAUCAGCAGCUACCCCUCAGGUGGAUCACGAUGACCCAUUUAUUCAGUCUUCGGUUCCACUGACAACACAUCGCACAACCGCCAGAGCACAGCUGGGAAUCCCGGCUCCUCUGCCAAAUAACUCACACCGGAUUCCAAGCUUAGCACACACACAUCAGCCUCUUUCUCCCUCUGUUCCUCACAUUCCUCCCCCUGCAUCCUUCCCCUCUCCCCCCACUCUUGCCUCCAGCAGGGCGACAUUAGCAACCGUCAGCGUGACAGAAGCAGAAAUUGGCUUUCUGUCACCCACUCGACCCGCAGCGGCGUUCCUGAACAAACACUUCCAGACCCCACACCGAGCCGACAUGCAGCCUUUUGAGCUCUCUUUCUCCCUCUCUGGGAAACAAUCUUCCACACUCUCUGGAGAUGAAUGGGAAGCCAUUCCCUCGCAGCCUUCGCUUCCUGCCAGAGACGCUGACAGUGACGGAGUUGACUCUCAUCCUGCAAACGGCUCCCUGAAAGCAGACGCCUCCAGAAUUGAUUCCAUGUUUGAUCUUGCAGAUGUCGCUCCGAAGAUGCUUCCUGCUGAAGAGCGAGUCUCUGAAGUCGGAGUGAGUUCUACGGCUGAGAGCAGGAGAGACGGGAUGCAGGAAGCUGCAACAGGUCGUUUGAUUGCUGCUUCUAAACACACAAACAAUCCAAGCAUGAUGGAUGCAUCUCAGCAAAUCGCUUCUGCUGUUACCCCAACUCUCCUGCCAUCUUCCGACCCCAAUCCAGCAGCUUCCAGGUCCCCCACCAGCUCUUCCAUCCAUGCCCCAAAUCAAGACGGCAUGUCCGGGCUUAAAGAGCUUUCUGUUUCCGCUAUCGCAGACUCAAGAAACAUCUCCAGCAUGAAUAAAGACAUCAUUCUGAUGCUCAAAGACGCCCCUCUGCAGCCAGCCGAAGUGACAAACUCCACACGGCCCAAAAAUGCUUCUGAAGAUUCCAGUGUUUUAGAAGAACCAGCUGUUGCAAAGCCAAACCCGGCUUCAGAUCCGAACCUGUGGAACCACGGAGUUUUCCUAAAACCAUCUGCAGCUGCAACCACUUCCUCCUCCUCCUCCUCAGCUGCUCCACUCAGAGACCCGAGUCCGACCAGGCUGCGUCCCGCUCUGAGCGCUGAUUCCUGCCACUGCAAACUCACCUUUGAUUUUCCGUGUCUGUGCAGAGAGUCAUCAGGGAACAACGGUUUGUUCUACCGGGUUUCCUUCACGGUGGAGUCUGAGCUCAGCCAGCAGGCGGUGCAGCGAGCCGUAGCGCUCUGGAUUAAUCAAACAUUUCAGAACUGGACACAUUCUCUGGAUUAUAUCAGAGUUCAGCAGGACGGUAACAGUUUCACCUGCCAGGUGCUGCUGCUGAUCACCAACGAGAGUCUGGGUGAAGCCGACGUGUUGGGUCAGCUGAUCGACAACCCGGCCGGCACCAGCCUGCUGGGCCAGGCUGCCGACAUCAACGUUCACCAGAUCGAGAACUGCCCAGAGGACAUCAACCUCCACUACCUGUGGCCUGAGGCCAAACCCAGAGUCACUCACUUCCUGCCCUGCUUCCCCAACAAGGACCAGAGCGCCUCCAGAACCUGUUUGAUCAACCCAGAAACCUUCCAGUCUCUCUGGUCGACUGCAAACCUCACCAACUGCUCAGUCACUGCAGAAAAUGCAGCAGGCGUGGCGGAGCAGCUGGCAAACUUCACCAAGAACACUCUGUCCACGGAGGAGGUCUCUCAGGUUGUGACGAAGGUCCAGGAGCUGGUCAGCGUCGCCAAGAUCGACACGGCGGUGGCCGGAUCAGUCGUAAACAUCAUCUCUAACGUCAUGGUCAGCUCGGAGAAAGCGUCCAACAUAGCUCUGAAAGCUGUGGACGAUCUGGCUAAGAAGGUGGAGUUUGAUGGUGCGUCGGUGCACAUCAACUCUAAAAACCUGGCUCUGGGCGUCCUGGCGCUCGACUCCAGAUCCUUCAACGGGACGUCAUUCAGCGCCUUCUUCCCUCCAAACUCCUCCAACCCCAAGAUCGAGUUCGACCGGACAGCCAACCCGCUGGCUCAGGUCACGCUUCCCGCCUCGCUGCUGUCCGGCGUCUCUGCGGACGUCUUCAGCCGCUCGUCUCUGUCCAGGAUCAACUUCAUGUUCUUCAGCAGCCCCAGCCUCUUCAUGAAAGAGCAGAAAGGUUUGUCUCUGAACAGCUACGUGGUGUCCAGCAGCGUCGGGAACAUUUCCAUCACGGACCUGCAGGAUCCGGUGAAGAUCGAGAUCGCACAUCUGUCUUACCAGGCGUCGUCGCGUAGGGAAUGUGUUUUCUGGGACUUCAGCAUGAACAGGGGCGAUGGAGGCUGGAAUAACCGCGGCUGCAGCGUUUCUAAAGAGUCGACCUCCAGCAGAACCAUCUGCCUCUGCAACCACCUGACCCACUUCGGCAUCCUGAUGGACAUUUCCCAGACUUCCUUUAUAAUCGAUCCAGAGAACAAGAAGGUCCUGACGUUCCUGUCCUACAUCGGCUGCGGCAUCUCGGCCAUCUGCUCGGCUGCCACGCUGCUCACCUACAUCGCCUUCGAGAAACUGCGACGGGAUUAUCCGUCUAAGAUCCUGAUGAACCUGAGCACAUCGCUGUUGUUCCUCAACAUCGUGUUUCUGUUGGACGGCUGGCUCGCCAGUAUGGUCUACAGCGAGGGGCUGUGCAUCUCUGCAGCCGUCCUGCUGCACUACUUCCUGCUGACGUCCUUCACCUGGAUGGGCCUGGAGUCGGUGCACAUGUACAUCGCUCUGGUCAAAGUCUUCAACACCUACAUACGCAGAUACAUCCUCAAGUUCUGCAUCGUGGGAUGGGGUUUACCUGCAGUGCUGGUGGGAAUCGUUGUCACGGCGAAUAAAGACUACUACGGCGUCUUGAAUAACCACACCGAUGAUUCAGCAAUGAUAUUGUUCUGUCUCUUCAUAUUUAUCUUCCACUGCGCUCUGAAGGAAAACGUGCAGAAGCAGUGGAGAAGAUACCUCUGCUGUGGCCCCUACAGGCUCUCAGAAAACUCAGACUGGAGUAAGACGGCCACCAACAACACGAAGAAGGUGAGCUCAGACAACCUGGCCAAGUCGCUGUCCUCCAGCUCCUUCGGCUCCAGCACCAUCAACUGGACCUCCAAGGCCAAAGCCACGCUGACGCCGUUCUCCAAGCGAAACAGGAACACAGACAAAUGUUUCUCCAACCAGACCAGCCCCAAGUGCGUCUCCUCAUCCUCUUCCUCCUCGGAUGUGGAGCCUAACUCCUCCUCCUCCUCCUCCUCCUCCUCCAUCCUCCCUGUCAGUCAGAUGAUUGACAAGGUGAGAGAUUACUGCUCCACGCGCACCGACAACUUCUACAAAAACAUCAUCAUGUCCGACAGUUUCGCCAACUGCACCCGGCUCUAGAGCUGCAGCUCCAGCUUCUGGAAGACCUUUGUAAAUAUUCACGACUCGCUUUCAGCCUGGGAUGCGCCUCGUUCUGGAACAUCUUCAGGCGUUUCAGGUUCCUCUGUUGUUGCCAGAGGAGAUUGUUCUGAAUCUAAAGGAGCUUGGGGAAGCUUUUCAGAUCUGACCGGGAACGUCUUCUGGAACGUUUCCUUUUCCGCCCGGGAAAAUGGAUCAGCCUUUCCGCCGUCCUAUAACGCACCUACAAUCUUAAGGAACAUGUUUUAUUUUAUUGUUUUCUUGUGUUUUAUGUGUUUGUUUGGUAUUGUAUAAGUAGUAGGAGUUUUACAAUGUGGAAAUCAUUUAGAUCGAGAUAUUUGUUCAAGUUCAGCUCAUUAAAACAGAAUCAGCGACAUUAAAAUCUA